UCAAGGACAGGGUCAUGGCUUGUAAAUUUGUAAAGUCUUUUCUUCUGAAAAGUUCUUUUAGUCCUGUACUGAAGAAAUCCUUGGUAACUUCACAAAGGCUAUUUUCUUCAGAGGUGCGUACAGUAACACUGAUACCAGGUGAUGGAAUUGGACCUGAAAUUUCAGCAGCUGUCCAGAAGAUUUUCGAGGCCUCUGGGACCCCAAUUGCUUGGGAUCCAGUUGAUGUGACACCGGUGAAGGGUCCUGAUGGAAAUUUCCGAUUACCUCAAAAAAUAUUUGACUCGAUGGCCAAAACAAAGAUAGGUUUAAAGGGUCCAUUAGAGACACCUAUAGGGAAAGGACAUCAGUCUUUGAACUUGGCCUUAAGGAAAGCAUUCAGUUUGUAUGCAAAUGUGAGGCCGUGUCGAUCAAUAGAGGGCUACAAAACACCAUAUGAUGAUGUUGAUAUUGUCACCAUCCGAGAAAACACAGAAGGAGAAUACAGUGGAAUUGAACACAUAAUUGUCGAUGGUGUUGUUCAGAGUAUCAAGCUGAUCACAGAAACUGCAUCUAUGAGGGUAGCAGAGUAUGCCUUCAAGUAUGCUCGAGAUAACAAGCGCAAAACAGUAACUGCAGUUCACAAAGCUAAUAUCAUGAGAAUGUCUGAUGGUUUAUUUCUCAAGUGCUGUCGGGAAGUUGCAGCAAAGAACAAAGAUAUUAAAUUUACCGAGAUGUAUUUAGAUACAGUGUGUUUGAAUAUGGUACAAGAUCCUUCACAAUAUGAUGUGCUAGUGAUGCCUAAUCUUUAUGGAGAUAUUCUCAGUGACCUCUGUGCUGGAUUGAUAGGUGGACUUGGUGUGACCCCUAGUGGUAACAUCGGAAGUGAAGGAGCUAUAUUUGAAUCAGUUCACGGUACGGCUCCAGACAUCGCUGGAGAAGACAAGGCGAACCCGACAGCCCUGCUUCUCAGUGCAGUGAUGAUGCUCAGACACAUGGAGCUUGGAGAGCACGCCAACAGAAUACAGAAAUCAGCUCUAGAGGUUAUUAGUGAGGGGAAGGUAUUAACAGGAGAUCUUGGUGGUAAAGCAAAGUGUUCCGAGUUUACAGAUGAAAUCUGUGAAAAAGUUGUGAGCUCCAAAUGAAGUUUUGCUGUUUGGUGUGAACUGAUACUUUUAUCUUUAGUCUGUAGUUUGUGUGCUGUCAUUUAAAAACAAAGAUCCAUGGAUGGCUGGUAUACAUGCUUGGUCAGUCAUCAAGUCUAGUAUUUCACUAAGUUGGUCACAGUACAGUGAAUGUCACUGAUCACUAUUCCAUCCAAGACUUAGCUGUAAUUCAUUUCUAGUCUCUAUGUUGGUUGCUUUGAAAAAUUAUCUAAACUGUUUUAGAAUUUAUUACAGGGAGCAGGGGGUAAUAUUGUUGUAUAGCCAUAGCGCACAAAAUAGUUUUGUAUUUAAACCACUGAAGUAAGCAUAGCUAAAAGAUUGAAGCUGAUCCACCAGACAUUUAAGAUAAUGACGACGGUUCCUCUGUUGUGUAAAUUACACAAGCCGUGAGUGGUAUGUAUGUUAGUGGAUAAUCCAUUUUAAAAGCUUAAAUAUUAAAAAUACAGGGUGUUCUCGAUAUUGAUAUUUCUUUAAAAAUCAUAUGCAAGCCAGGGCUCAUGCCUUAUAAAACUUUAGUCCUACCUAACUCAAAUUUUUUAUGUCACAUUCAUGCAAGUUUGUAUGGUGAAACUGUGAUAUUAAAAUUUUAAGACGUUAUAAAUCUUGUGUUUAGACUCCAAAAGUUUUAUAUGCACGGGGCCUGUACCUCAAUUUUGUGUUGGUGUGCAGUGCUAUGAAAUUUAUUUUCAUGGAUUAGGGAAUUGGAUGCAGAGCCAUUUACAUGUAUAUAGGAAUCUUCAACUGUUAAAAUAUUUCUUAAUGUAAUACCAAAAAUUAUAAUUCUAGAACAUGCAGGGUCCUAAUUCACCAAGUCUCGCAACUUUGCAAUUUAACAGUGCAAUGUAAAAAGAUGUGCAAGGAUGAUGCAAUGUUGUUUAAGAGAGUAUAAAUUAGGCCCAUUGUCCUGUCAUGGGUAAAAUAUUUCUGAAAUGUGCUUGUGUCAUCCAAAGGUUUUUAUUGAAGGAGUCGAGGAAUAUAAAGGUUAUCUUUAUAAUAAAGUUGUUAACUGUGAGCUAUACAGAUUAAAUCUAUUUUACUGUAUACUUUGUAUUCUCAGUAACAAGUAAAAAGUGUUAUUCCUACUUUUGCUUUCACAUAAGCACUGCAGAGCAUCUUUAAAAAUACCUAUACUGAUCAUUCCAAACUUUACUAAAAAACAAGGAUGACAUUGUUCAUGUCAUGUUAUUCUAGAUAAUUUUUAGUACAUAUAUAACAUAGCUGCAAUCACCGGAAAAGGGCUGCUUGUACUCCCUUGCACAUGCCGGUACAGGUGACCCACUCUUCCACCCACCCAAACCCUUUCCUGUCUUGGAUGGAAGAACCGGCGAAAGAUGACAUUUGCACCCGUGACAGGUGCAGUGUUCUCGCUGCUCCAUUUAAGCGGUGCAGCCCGCCCUGCUAUUGCAUUUUGCCGCCCUCCUUUCACGUUCCCCGCCCUCCUUUAUUUUUCUCCGCCCCUCUUUAUUUUCCAGCACCACUCUU